AUGAGACACAACUCUUCUCAAUUGAAAGAAGUUGUCCGUAAAAUUCAGAACAGCUUUAAUGAGCUCGAAGAAACGAUAAACAAAAUGAAACAAAACAUUCCACAGCUUGAAAGUGAGGUUAAACAGUUAUCAUUAGAUAAAGCACGUAAUGAUCAAUAUUCAAUCGAAAGAUUACAAAUGCGUUUUCACGAAUUAAAUGAAAUGUUGUUAUAUAAGAAGAAGCUCAUUGCUCAAAAGUUCUUUUUAAUGAACCCACAACUCAAUAUAAAGGUUUAUGACGUCUCACAAUUAAUGUAUAAGCCAGAAAAACAUGUAGCGACUCCUCCCCCAGAGAUUGAAACACAUUCCAUUAACGCAACACAAUACCAAGUGGUCGAAACAAAUCCAUUGAGUGUUGUUAGUCAACCAAGUUGUGUGAUUUUAAACCACCCACCACUCACUUCACUAAAGCUGAAAAACUACAUCCCACUACUUGUAGCAAAAAAGUUGAACUUUUUGAAGUCUUUGUUCGGACAAAACGUUCAACAUUGUUGUGAUUUGUCAUUUCCAAUUCAAGAGACUUUUUCUUUGUCUUCUUCGUCAUUGCUAUUCAUUCAGACAUCGUGUAAUAACAUUUUUGGAAUAUCAUUACAAAGAAAAAGCAUCAUCCCUUUUAUAAGACCAAAAAAGGCAACUUUUGAGGAAUUAAGUGAGAUCCAAUUGGGUGUCAUUAAUGUGACUAAUGACGGUAUACAAAGCCAAGUAAUCGAUUUGUUAUUCAAAUCAAUGCUUGGACCUCACAAUGAAAAUGUCAUUGUGAAGACUUUUGAACCAACCGAAAUCUUCAUCAAUCCACAUUGCAUCUUUCUGUCUAUUUACUCCUUUAUUUAA